GGGCAACCGCAGUGAACUUCUGAGUCGUCGCUGAGCUCCUCGUCGCUCAGUCCCCGGGACAGCGCUGCAAGCGCAGACUGCAGCAAAGCCUUGUUCACCCUGCACCAUUCUAGACCUGGAGGUGGCUGAUGGAAGCCGUGGUGAGAGCUACAGGUUAAAAUGUGUGCUGCGGUAACAGGUGUCUGCAGACGUCCGUGUCUUACUUUGAAGAUUAUUGUUUGUCCCGCAGUUCCAUCUGAAUCUUUAGAAGUGAAAAAGCAGUCUUUCCUGAGUACACUCGGGGCAGGGAACUAGUUGUGCUAACAGGUGCUGGACUCGGAGCGAUUCACGAGACGGAAGAGCGUCCCAGGGCUCCCGGGCCAGCGAGGUCAGCAGUCUCCGCUCUGCCUGCUGCAGCCGAACACAAAGACCUGGAGGAGACUCCCACCUCCUUCGGGGAGAAGAAAGGAGGCGGCGAAGCAGAUUAAAGGAACUUGUGGCUGGUGGCCUUUCGGCGCGGGGCUGCCCGUCGGCGGGGGAAGUGGCUUCCAGCCCCGGGGCGGGUCAUGAGCUGUGAGAUGAGGCGCUGCUGCCGCCGCCGCCGCCGCAGCUGCUGACGCUCAGGUUCCGGGACCGUCCGCCGCCCUUUGUGCUCCACGCACAUGUGUCUGUUCAGCGCAUCCGGAGGCGCCCAGAAGAGCAUCCACCACGGCCGCCGGGGAGAGACCGCCCGCCAUGCCCACGGAGAGCCUACAGACAGGUAGCAUGGUCAAGCCGGUCAGCCCCGCCGGCACCUUCACGUCGGCCGUGCCCCUGCGCAUCCUCAACAAGGGGCCCGACUACUUUCGCCGGCAGGCCGAGCCCAACCCCAAAAGACUCAGCGCCGUGGAGAGGCUGGAGGCCGACAAGGCCAAGUACGUCAAGAGCCAGGAGGUCAUCAACGCCAAGCAGGAGCCCGUGAAGCCGGCCGUGCUGGCCAAGCCCCCGGUGUGCCCGGCCGCCAAGCGCGCGCUCGGCAGCCCCACGCUCAAGGUGUUCGGCGGCGGCGCCAAGACGGAGGGCGGCGCGCAGCGGGAGAGCCUCAAGCUGGAGAUCCUCAAGAACAUCAUCAACAGCUCCGAGGGCUCGAGCGCGGGCUCGGCGCACAAGCACGGCGCGCGGAACUGGCCGGCGCCGCGGGCCGACGCGGCCGAGCUGCACCGGCACUCCUUCGCCGAGUCGCUGCGGGUCUACCCGAGCACGCCGGGCCGCGGCAGCCCGCAGGAGGGCGGCUCGCACGUGGGCCGCCGGCUGCUCGAGCCGGCCGCCGACGCCUUCCUGCACGUGUCGCACAGCUCCUCGGACAUCCGCAAGGUGACCAGCGUCAAGCCCCUGAAGGCGAUCCCCUGCAGCAGCUCCGCCCCGCCCCUGCCGCCCAAGCCCAAGGUCGCUGCCCUCGCCGCCGCCGCCGCCGCCGGCGCCGGCAAGUCCCCCGAGGCCGAGGCGCUGGAGCCGGCCUGCGGGGUCAGCAGGAGACCCUCGCUCCAGCGGUCCAAGUCGGACUUGAGCGACAGGUACUUCCGCGUGGACGCCGACGUGGAGCGGUUCUUCAACUACUGCGGGCUGGACCCCGAAGAGCUGGAGAACCUGGGCAUGGAGAACUUCGCCAGGGCCAACUCCGACAUCAUAUCCCUCAACUUCCGCAGCGCCAGCAUGAUCAGCUCAGACUGUGAACAGUCUCAGGACAGUAACAGUGACCUUAGAAAUGAUGACAGUGCCAAUGACCGGGUGCCCUACGGCAUUUCUGCCAUCGAGAGAAAUGCCAGGAUCAUCAAAUGGUUGUAUAGCAUCAAACAGGCUAGAGAAUCCCAGAAGGUCUCCCACGUGUAAGAUGAAAGGGCGCGCAGCGGAGGGAGGGGGGGUCUCUGUGCACCCGCAGUCGUGAAGGUUGUGAGGUCUCCUUGCAGUGUUGUGAGCUUCGCCGCUCUCUUUGUGUUGCUUGUUGUGCAAUGUCUUUCAAGUUGCAUGCCUGCCAACAUGGGGCCUCACCUGGCUUCCACGUCCACCAUCGCCGCAGAGCCUGGCUGAGCACACCGUCAUCUGCCAGAAGUUUCCGGCCAGAUGCUAAUUAGGGCUUCAAUCUUCAGCAGAACUGUUUACACGAAAACGGUAUACAACUUAAAUAUUUAUGUGGUCCUUUGUGUUUUUAUAUCCCGCGCUAUUGUGUCUUAAUUAAAAGUUUUAUCAACUGGCUUUUAAGUUGAGAGUAGCAUCUUUUUGAAAUAAAAAGCCAAUAAUGCCAACCUGUGAGACCGAAAAGACGGGAAGAUGAGGGGGCUCUGCUGCCCAGCGGAGAUAGUGACUGACGGAGAGAGCCAGGCGAGGCUCUCAGAGGAAGAGAGCGAUGUUAGCCAUUUACCUGUUGAAGGUGUCUGGCCACUUAAGAGACGGCGGGGGCAACAAUGCUACGUCAGUUUUGUGUCCUAUUCGGUGUGUAAAUGUGCGUGGUUCUGUGUAAUCCUGACCCCAAGGAAAGACAAUCAGAGGCCAUGAAGGUGAUUAAAUCAGAUUGGGUGUUGGGCGAGGCUGAUAACUGUUCUUAUUUGGGUUGAUUCCGAAAUUUCUCCUGUUAAUCUCCUAUUAAUCUUUUAGGGUGGCAGGAAUGGCCACCCUAAGGCUAAAUCUGAAUGUCUUUUUUUUUUAAGUUGGUUUUUUGGUCAAGAACUAAUUCCAGGCGGAUUCUCUUCCCUCCCUGUGUUGUUGUAGCUGGGAGAGGGCAGCCAGGCUGGGGCGGUGGGAGCCAUCUGAAGAUAUGAACUCAAAGGGAGAUACCAGUAUCACUAGAGAGACUCCUAUUCAAACGUCAGUACUUUUGGUAGCAAACCCAUAUCUGAGCAGCAUGGCUGAGUCCCCGUGCAUAUGCUAACCCGUCAGGCUGUGGACCCUCAUCACUGCUCUAGGAAACUGUAGAAACACCACUUCCUGUAGUCUUCCCACCCUGUGGUCUCUAGUUCUGCAUAUCAGCUUGUUCCCCCCACCCUAACCUGCCCCCCAGUCGGGAUGUGGUAGGCAGGGGUCCACCUGCGCUGGUCGGCUUCAUUGCCCUGUGGUCAUGCCCCAGAGCUGUUGGCAGCACUGCCUUAGACAUCAGCUCAAAGGACAUUUUUUUAUGGUGUAAAUGCUGUAAGACUCUGUACAUACUUCAGUUGUUAUGAAAUCUUUAAGGGGAAAAAAAAAAAGGCAAAGUUA